AUGACCCUGACCUCCCACGUCAUCCCUAUUGCCAAGGAGCUCGGCGUCCAUUGCCACAUCCUCUUCAUCUCCUGCACCACCAUGCUGUCGCUCAAUGCCUACACCCCUCUACACCUCGACAAGAAGAAGAAGAAGGUCGAGCAGCACGAGCAGGGGCCUAGCGCUGGUGGCGUCGGUGACGUCGACAUCCCCGACGUGCGUUGCAUCCCGCAGUCUUGUCUCCCACAGCCACUGCUCCACCUCAACAAGCUCUUGACCAAGAAGUUCAUCGACAACAACUGCGAGAUCAUCAGCACCAACGGCUUUCUGGUCAACACGUUCGACGCCUUGGAGCCAGCGGCGCUCGCUGCCCUGAGAGACGGCAAGGUCAUCCUCGGGUUCCCACCGUUGUAUGCCAUCGGCCCGCUCAGAUCGUAG